GUGUAGAGGGCGGGGCUUGCAGCUUUGAUUGGCAUCGUGUUCUCUGGUAGUCUGAUGCGGGACCAGGACAGACAGCUGAGGGGGGUUUGAAUGUCCAACCGGGACGGUCGGUGGACUACCGCGAACACGCACAAUUCACAGGUCUUCACAGUUGACUGAUGAGCAGCCAGUAGGACCGGGGUUGGCCUACACCGACUGGCACAGUUUAGAGGGUCAGCAGUGCCAGAAAAGACAAGAUUGGAGGACAGAAGACAUAGUUGCAGAACUGCUGGUGGUUGACUAGUGGUUAGCCUUUAGCAUACUUGUGGCAGCGUUGAGGAGGAACAAGAGGGUUUGGCGAUGGUCACAGCUAUGGAUGAUUCCUGUCCCAAUGGGGUACGGGAGGAGGAGGAGGAGGUGACGCCCCCGGGACAGGCUGGCGUGGAGGGGGCCCCGGCUGUGCAGUCCACCCAGGGAGCAGAAACGUCUGGAGCCAUGCAGCAGGUGUUGGAUAAUCUGGGGGAGCUGCCCACCUCUGCGGGCGCCAAAGAUAUCGACCUGCUCUUCCUGCGCGGCAUCAUGGAAAGCCCCAUUGCUCACGAGCAGCUGGAGGAGGUGAAGCUGGAGGCGGUGCAGGACAAUAACGUGGAGCUGGUGACGGAGAUCCUGGGCGAUAUCAGCAACCUCAAGGUUAAAGACGACAGCGCGGCCGAGCUGUCCAGGAUCCUUCAGGAGCCGCACUUUCAGUCUCUUCUGGAGGCCCAUGACAUGGUGGCCUCAAAAUGCUAUGAAGUCCCGCCCCCUGCUGAGACGGCCAAUGACGCAGCGGUGAACAGCGCUCUGAUGCAGGCCGAUGCCGUGCGCAUGAUCGGCAUCCGAAAGAAGGCCGGAGAGCCACUGGGCGUGACAUUCCGUGUGGAGAAGGACGACCUGGUCAUUGCUAGAAUCCUCCACGGUGGCAUGAUCGACAGACAGGGCCUGCUCCACGUGGGCGACAUCAUCAAGGAGGUGAACGGGAAGGACGUCGGCAACAACCCCACCGAGCUGCAGGAGAUGCUCAAAGACUGCAGCGGAGGGAUCACGCUGAAAAUACUCCCGAGCUACCGAGACGCUCCCGCGCCCCCACAGGUGCAUGUGCGGCCAUACUUUGACUACAACCCAGCCAAUGACAACCUGAUCCCCUGUCGAGAGGCGGGAAUGGCCUUCAAUAAAGGUGACAUUCUUCAGAUCGUCAACCGGGAGGAUCCCAAUUGGUGGCAGGCGUGCCAUGUAGUGGGCGGAGCCACGGGGCUGAUACCCAGUCAGUUCUUGGAGGAGAAGAGGAAAGCGUUUGUCCCCAGAGACUUUGACGGAUCAGGAAUCCUUUGUGGCACCAUAGCAGGGAAGAAGAAGAAGAAGAUGAUGUAUUUAACAGCCAAGAAUGCAGAGUUUGACAGACACGAGCUGCAGAUCUAUGAGGAAGUGGCAAAGGUGCCUGCGUUCCAGAGGAAGACGCUGGUUCUGAUUGGUGCUCAAGGAGUCGGCCGACGCAGCCUGAAGAACCGGCUGAUGGUCCUCCAGCCCACUCGCUUUGGCACCACUAUACCAUACACUUCUCGGAGGCCCCGUGAUGAAGAGCUGGACGGUAACUCCUACCACUUCACCUCAAGGACGGAGAUGGAGGUGGACGUGAAGGCCGGUCGCUUCCUGGAGCACGGCGAGUACGACGGCAACCUGUACGGCACAAAGAUCGAGUCCAUCCACGAGGUGGUUGGCACGGGACGCACCUGCAUCCUGGAUGUCAACCCACAGGCUCUGAAGGUACUGAAAACAGCCGAGUUCAUGCCUUACGUGGUCUUCAUCGCAGCGCCAGAUUUUGAUACUCUCAAGGCGAUGCACAAAGCUGUGGUGGAUGCAGGCAUCACAACUAAGCAGCUCACGGACGUGGACCUGAGGAAGACGGUGGAUGAGAGCGCCCGCAUCCAGAGGGCUUACAGCCACUACUUCGACCUGACCAUCGUAAACGACAACCUGGACAAGGCCUUUGAGACGUUACAGGCGGAAGUGGACAAACUGUGCAGUGAACCCCAGUGGGUCCCAGUGAACUGGGUGUACUGAGGACCGGAGCUUCCACUGUCCGCUCUGAGUGGGUCACCGUCACCCACCAGCAUGUGUGUGUGUUUCCGACCACGAAGGCCAAAGCAGAGGAGAAGAGCUCCGAGAUACUACUACUGCAAAAUAACAUAAUUAAUGAAAUCUUCUUGCUCCUCCUCCUCUUGGGCCUGCAGGCUGUGCAACUUUUUUUCUACUCAAAACUCAAAGGGAAAGAGUGCUUAUUUAUUUUAUAACUUUUUAUGAAAGAUCUUUCUAUUCAAUGUGUAAUUCCAGUGAGAAUGAAACAAAAAAAAACAUUUUGUUAUGUACGUGGGCCAUAUUUGUGCAUUAAUUUAUUGUUGUAGUUACAUGUCUUACUUGUAGUCGUUUCCCUUGAUUUUACGUGUUUGUCUUUCAUUCCUGAUCGCCAUCCAAGCUCCAGAAUGAAGACAAGAAAAGGCGAUGGAAUACAAGAUCUCUGAGCAAACAUUGUCCAAGAAAUCUGUCUGUGUCACAUCAUUGCCAUGUCUGAUCAAACUGUGUAGCUGUGUUUUAUUUCACCUUCAUUCAACUGAAUCCUUUAGUGUUUUUCGUGUUGCUGGUCUUAAACUCUCGGAUCAGCGUUUUCCACUGGAGCUUAAAAGGCCUGUUUGUGCACAAGCCCUCCAGUAUGUAAAAGAAAAAUGACUUUAUAAUUUUCCUUUUUAAAGAUCAAGCACUGUGUCUGUUGAUUUUGUCUAGUUUUGUUUUCUUUCUCUUGGUUUUUAUCAAUGUGGUGAUUCAUAGCGUGUAGUGUUUGGUCACACAUGAUCUUUUGCUUCAUUUUCAAUUGUCCGCUGUGUUUGUCUGGAGUAUGACUGUCACAGUGUCACUGCCCAUCAUCUUUACCGUCUACAUAAGCCAAUCUGUUCAUGUUUUUAUUUCUGUGAAUGUGGCACAAACCCCGUCUCUCCUUAAUGGUCCUCUUCAGUGUUGCAGUAUGCCAAAGCCCUGAUCGUGCUCCAAAUAAAGUCGGAAAUUCUUAAAUCUGAUAGAAAAUAAUGUGACAUUGAAUGGUAAACACAUCUAGCAAAGCCAAAUGGUAAAACUGUAGAACUACUGUAUGUCCUGUGAUGUUUUUAUGAUGUCUGUCUCAAAAUAAGUUCAAUAUUUUCAAACGGCACAGAGGUGAGGUGACCUUAGUUUUCAUGUCAGAAUCAUUUCUUCUGAAACCCAUCUUGCACUUCAGGAAAAAUAAAGACAAAUAAAUUAGCUUAUAUGGAUAUUCUUUGGAAUAAAUGUUACAUUAUAAAAUCUGAGGUGGAUCUGUGCCAGCCCUCCUGCCUGUUCACAUGUCUCACAGAUUUCUUUUUACAUUUCUAUCAGCAAAGUUAUGAUGAAUAAAGUUUAAUAAAUCUCACAAACUA